AUGUUUGGGCUCCAUCGCGGAGCACGGAGCGCGCUAUACCUGGUCACACCGAGCUUUCUCCGGACACCUGCUUCAAGCCCGCGGUCCCUGUACUCUCUGUGCGCCUUGUUCUCCCGGGUGGCCUGUAGGACUUCGGAGUGGACGGAUGAGGAGCGCAGACCAGAGCGGUAUCCCUUUAUCUCAAACAGACGGUGUUUGCCUCUCACCCCCUACUCCCCUCACUUUAUCUCUCUCCUCUCCUCCCCGAGCCUCCUCAGACGUACCCCUCCCUCCUCCACACACCGGACUAAAGACUGA